CACACACAGACACACACGCGCGCGCGCGCUCAGGCAGAGUGUGCGUUAUAGAGACGGAGACACAGAGUUUCGUAACUUGGAGAAGUUUUGCCGUUCACCGAGCUGUUUUCUUUUAUUUUUUUUUAUCUAAUUUUAUUAUUAUUUUUGUUGUCGUCGGCCGGAUGUCACGCGGCGCUGAUCCCGCCGUCGCCUGCGUCACGUUUUCUCCCCGGCUCCCUAAUUGAGUUUGUCUCCCUGAGAGGGACCGUGUGCCGCUCAGCAAGGCAGCUGUGAACCUCAACCCUCCACCUCCAGCCUGCAGGACCGGACUGAGCUCCCCAUCCCGAGAAGAGCCUGGCCUUUGCAGCCAUGCUGAUGUAUGAUUACCCUCUGAAGACAGACAUGGAGACGUCCUUCUACUCAUCGUUGGUGAAAACCCCCGAGCCGUACAGAGUGAUCUUCCCCCAUCCGGCCAACCUCUACCAGAUGCACAUGCACACCUUCGCCCAGUCGCAGACCCCCGGCAACCCGGCGCACACGCAGAUGGAGCCCGUGGAUCUGUCCACCAGCAAGCGCUCGUCCUCCACCUCCUCGUCCUCCUCGACCCCGCGCUCGUCCGCCUCCUCCCCGGCCUCCCCUCACAGCACCCCUCCCUCGCCGUACAGCUCAGCGAGCCGCGCCUCCCCCCGCUGCUCGCCGCCGCACAGCCAGCUGCGGUCGUCGCCCUCCCACUCCCUGCAGCACCCCGGCUCCUCGCUGCCCUACCCCACCAUGGUGGCCCCGCUGAUCAACCCGGCCUCUGGGGUCAUCCAGGGGUCAGGGGUCAUGGUGUCCCCGGUCAUGGUGCCUCUGUCAGUCCUCUACCCGUCGCCCCUUCACCUGCACCAGCCAUUAAUGGUGAACCCACCGGUCGCCGGCGAGGACGACCAUCAUCGGAGCAGGGAGCACAAGACAGUUCACUCCGCGAAGCCCCUGGAACUCCGAGGGGACGCCCACGACCUGCACAAGCCAAUCAAAACAGAGUCCCGCCCUGAACUCAUUCAUGACCCCCACAGCGGCCUGGAGAUGAAAUCAUCGGUCAUCAGGAUACCGCACGAGUACGAGGGAAACAGCCCAUCGGUAAUAGUUCACUCGGGCGCCAAGCAUCCCCUCCCGGCCGAGUCUCCAGACACCCUGAAAAAGCGGCGGAUCCACCGAUGCGACUUCAGCGGCUGCAACAAAGUGUACACGAAGAGCUCCCACCUGAAGGCGCACCGCAGGACACACACCGGGGAGAAGCCCUACAAGUGCAUGUGGGAAGGCUGCACGUGGAAGUUCGCCCGUUCGGACGAGCUGACGAGACACUUCCGGAAGCACACGGGGGUCAAACCGUUCCAGUGCCCGGACUGCGAGCGCAGCUUCUCGCGCUCCGACCACCUGGCCCUGCACAAGAAACGCCACCUCCUGGUGUGAACGCCUCCACUGGGCAGCUGCAAACAAACUGGGUGCUGACUUCCGAAAUGGACCGUACCACUUUGACUUGAGAAGCGGGGGGGGGUGCUCAUUGGAUUCUGACUGCGGAGUGGGGAGACGUUCCUCAGGGUGCAAGUUGAGACUCUUUCACCUCAUGAGUCUGAAAAUGAGCUGACGCCGGCUCACUACUCGCAGAUUUAUCACAACGCAUUCUGAUUUUACCUUUGAUGGGAAUGUGGUAGCUGUUCCUGACCUCUGAUCAGCCAUAGAAGGGCGAGACACUUUCUUUCUUUCUUUUUUUUUGUUUUUUUUUUUAAUUCAAGAGGAUUGCUGCAUCUCAGCUGGCUGACAGCGGCGUCCUCUCCUGUCUUCAGAACCAAACUGCAUCAACACCACAUCUUCGUGCAAACACGUCUCAUUUCUGUGCAUGUGAUCAAAGAAAGAAAUCCAAGCGUGGACGCAGUCACACGCCUACACACACAUGUUAUUUGCUGGCUAAGCCAAUAAAAUGUGAAUCUUUCCAGAAUGUAUCCCUUCAUGCUUACUUUGCUUUAUGUCAUGCAUACAUCGACCUUUUCUUUUUUUUUUUUUUUUUUUUUUUGGUUGUUUUUUGUUGUUUUUGUUCCGGCGCAGCUACCUGGGAAUCGAUGCUCGCUGCUCCUCUGUGGACAUUCAAACACCACACACCUCAUCUGCCUCUAAGCUUACGUCCAUGAAGUGAUGACAGGUAGCCAACGCUUGCUUUCACCUCUCGUCGUGCACACAGCGGAUCACAUGCACUUAUCCACAGCAGCUCAGCCUCGGUUUUGUGUGCUUUCCAGUUGGUUCGUUUUGUUUUUAAAGUGGGGACUGUGGGUCUCAUUCAUUGUCGGAGUGAAGUGUUUUGUUCAUUCAGAAAUGUGAAAGUUGCUGCACAGGGGCAUUAUUGACGUGUCGGUGAGAAAAGACACCAUUCGGUUGGUUUAGGGUAGAAGCAAUGAAACGUCUGUUUUUGUCUUGUAUCGUGUAUUUCUGAAAUGUGUAUUGGUUUAUGAUGUGACGCCAUAGUAGCCUUUUUUUUUUUUCAUUUUAUCACACUUUUUAAUGGGAAACUACAAAAUGCAAAGCAGGGAAAUGUGCUCUUCAAUGUUUGUUUUUCAGGAGCAGGUUUAUUCAGAACACCUCAAAAGGAUUUGCGUUUCAUAUGAAAUAAUACACCAAUUGUCCGAUUCUGAAAAUUUUAAGAUCAUUAAAUAGCAAAUAUUUUGCUACUAAACCAUCCAUUUAUUAAAUGUAACGUUGAUUUUUGCUGCACAGUUUUAUUUUAGCUUUUGGGGAACAAAAUAGCAUAUUUGUACAUCUCCAAUGUGCACUUUAUAUAUAUUUUAUAUAUACAUGUAUAUUAGCAGUAGGUAACAUUCCCAAAGCCAAACAUUUUAAAUCAGUUGUUUCUCUUGAUCUGUUAGUACUUUACAACAGGUGUGUCUGUUUGUAAUCACAUGAGGCCAAAAGAAGGUGUGACACUUUCUUUGAUUCACUUCUACACAUUAUAACACACAAUUACACACCGAAUGUAGCAGCUCAGCCGAUCUGCAUUUGCUCCUGAAAGCUUUUUUUUUUUUUUUGUGGUUUUUGCUUGUAUAUGUUUUUGUAUCUUUGCAAAUACAAGUUGUAAUAUAUAAAUAUAUAUAUCUAUAUAUUUUUUAAUUGAUUAUUAGACUGAAAGGGCAAUUAAAGGUUUUUAUUAAGCAUGAUUUUGAUACUCUAUUAAACAUUUCUGUGAUGUUGUGUAUAUAAUAAACCCUCUUUUCUUUUUCAUUCUAAACGUUGGCAAUUCAAAGGGAACGUGUCAAGCUGUGAACAUAUAACGUACAGGUCUAUCUGCAAUUUUACAUUUUUAAACAGAAUAUUCCUACCAUUCAAUAAACAUAUUGGUAAUAUUUGUGAAA